AAUGAACCUACAAGCUGCCAGUUUUGCCUCUCCACCGCAGCUUCAGACAUUCUCCAGCACUGCCCAAACAGGUCAUCAGCAGUGAUAUGGUAUAACUACUGCAUACUCAGAUACUCUAACCAUGACUUCCAUGGUAACCUUAUAAUGACUCCAUCAUGGCAAACUCUUGGGACCAAGAACAGCACCAACAGCACACAAGAACUCCAGAAAGCAGAGACUUAUAUGCAGAGCUUGAUAAAGAAUGCUACUGCAGAGAGCAAUUACCUGUUGUAUGCAGUGGGUGAGUUCAAUGCUGGUGGUUCAUUAGGGAAAAGGUAUGGAUUGGUGCAGUGUACUAGGGACCUUACUAGUGACAAGUGUAGGCAGUGUUUGAAUGCUAUGUUGGAUCAAGUUCCUAAAUGCUGUGUUGCAAAAGUUGGAUGGCAAGUUGGAUCUCCAAGCUGUUUGACAAGGUAUAAUGAUUAUAUGUUCUACAAGAUUCAAGGAUCUUCUCCUUUGCCUAAUUCAGCCAAGAACAAUUCAAGCAAGACAAAAACUGUGAUCAUCAUCAUAGCGUGUGUGUUGGUGCCAGUAGUGCUACUAAUUUCUGGCAUCUACUUAUUAUGGAGGAAGAAUCAAAUAAACAAUGAUGCAUUAUUGCCAGAGGACACUCCUAUAUCAAUACAGUAUAACUCUCAAGAAGGUCAAGGACACGAAACAUUGAAUGCUGACUUUCCUACCGUUCCUCUGAUUUGGAUUCGACAGAGCACUAAUAACUUUUCAAAUUCUUGCAAAUUAGGGGAAGGAGGUUUUGGUCCCGUUUAUAAGGUAUCACUGAAUAUUUCAAUAACAGAGAAUUUACCUCGUGACACGGGAUACUCCCUUCGAGCUCCUUGGCGGCGGAACAGCAGCCCGACGGUGGCAGAACAGCGAAGGCAACAAGCCCUAGCAAUGGCGGUGGAGUUUCAGCGGCGACCGAGCACCCCCUUUUUCUCUACUCCCUCGCGUUUUCUCUCUUCCUCGAGCUCUCUUUCACUGGCGCUUGAUAACGAAAACGAUGGCGGCGGAGCCCUAGGCAGUGUCGUCCUUUCUUUCCUUCCUUCCCCUCUCCUCUCUUCUUCUCUUCUUCCUGUGCUCCCCCUUUCUGAGUUUUUCUCUUUCGUGUGUGUGAGUUGA